AUGGUCAUGAAACUCGAGUACACAAUGCUAUGGAAAGUAAAAGAUUUUACUAAAAGUAGGAUUAAUAGGCACAGUAAGAAAUUUCGCCCUUUUAAUGGAAGAAAUCCAGUAUUUGAUCUUUUUGGGAAAGUUUAUAAUCCAAGCUUUAUCGUUUUUUAUAAGAGUGAAGGAAAUUUUACGAAAGAAGAAGUAAGUGGAUUCUAUUUAAAAAGUGAUGGUGCGUUACCGAGCGACUUCAGAGUUCGAUGUACGUGUAUGAUUAAAGUUUUAGAUGAUUCUGCUAUAUCAAAUGGUGGAAAACAAUCUGUAGAUCAAAACGAAGUUUUGCUGUUUACUGUUGUUACUAAAGGUAAAACUUUGAGGGUUGCUAAAGACGUUGUGGAGUACUCUCGUGAACAUGAUUCUAUUGAUAUAGUAUUUGUCUUUAAAAUGUAUUUUAGCGAUCCUGCAAUAAAUAUUCCACUUAAAAGACAUUGUUUAUCCUCUGAUUUUAAAUACCUAUUCGAUUCGAAAGAAAUGGCCGACGUAACUAUCAGUUUUGGGGAUGACUCUCUUCUCGCCCACAAAUUAGUGCUCAUUACUCGCUCUCCUGUUUUUAAAGCUAUGUUCGACAACAAUUGCUUGGAAUCCAAUACGAAAACCAUCCAGAUCACCGAUGUUGAUGCUUCUGUUUUUAAUAAUUUUUUAAAAUAUCUCUAUUGCGAUGAAAUCGGUGACAAAAGUUAUGAUAUGGUUCUUGAUUUGUAUGUGCUUGCAGAUAAGUAUGCGGUUGAUGGUCUUAAGGAAAAUUGUAGAGACAUACUGGUGGCUGAAUUAAAUGAAGGUACUGUUUGUCAACUUCUUGAGAUGUCCCAUUGUUGUACGGAUGAAACUUUGAAAGAAAAGGCGGUUGAAUUUAUUAAACAGCAUUGUUCUGCAGUGUUUAAAAAACCAGAAUGGUCAAAACUAUGCAAAGAUCAUACCGAAUUGUCAUCAUAUGUUUUGGUGAUAUUCUCGCAUUUUGGUGGGGAUGGGAUGCAGAAAUUAUUUAAUUCUUCGCAUUUU